GUUAGUCAGUGUCCAUUCUGCUAUAUUCUAACACAUGGUCACCGUUUAGUAAUAAUUAGUGGGCGUUUAUUAACAAAGCCUCAACAGUAGUACCGCACGCAAUUUGUGUUAUAUUUAUAAAUAAGUAAGCAUUUCUUGGUAGGUCGUUUCAGCUAUUUUUGUAAGUAAGAAAUGCUUGCUGUUAACAAUUUUGUGAUAAUCUAAACGGCAACCUAGCUUCCAUCUUGGAUGCAUACUUGCUUCACGGAGAGAACGGACUACGUUACGAGGGCGUCGUGAUUAAUUAAUCUGAUUAAAUGGUAUUUCAGCACAGUUACAGGGGAGCGGCAACGUUCAACGCCUUCCACAGCAUGGGUUCUGAUCGAAGGGUGAGUCGGAGUGAACGUAGUGGGAGAUAUGGGCCGGAUCAGGGUCGAGAUGAAGGUGAAGUGAGACCUCGCAGAGACCGAGAACUAGAUAGGGAAUAUGAUCGGCGUUGGACCGAAGAGCGGAGAAGUGAUCGUUAUGAAGAGCGAAGAAGCCGAGACAGUCCAGAGCAUAGAGACAGGAAAAGAAGGAACAGUGACAGAUCUGAAGAUGGCUAUCAUUCUGAUAGUGAGUAUCAGGAGCAGGACUAUCGGGAAGAACCAGGUGAAGAGAAAGAAAGUAAAACCAUCACGCUGCGGGGCCUUCCUGUUCACAUCACAGAAAGUGAUAUUCAUGCUGCUUUGGAUUUACUUGAGGGUCCCCAGCCAGCUGAUGUCAGACUAAUGAGAAAACGAACAGGUAUAAGCCGAGGUUUCGCCUUCGUGGAGUUUUAUCACUUGCAAGAUGCUACCAGAUGGAUGGAGACCAAUCAGAAUAAGUUGGUGAUUCAAGGCAAGACAGUGGGAAUUCACUACAGCAAUCCACGGCACAAAUUUGAAGACUGGCUUUGCAACAAUUGUGGCCUAUACAAUUUCAGAAGGCGGCUUAAGUGCUUCCGGUGCGGUGCUGCUAAAGUAGAUUGUGAAUCAAACAAUCCCAGUGGAUUACCAGAAGCUCAACAAAGCAAUGAUUAUUAUGGUGACACUAUCAUCUUGAGAAAUAUUGCCCCUCUUACAACAGUGGAGGCCAUCAUAGCUGCUCUGGCACCAUAUGCUAACUUGUCAGUGAGCAACAUUAGACUCAUCAAAGAUAAACAAACUGGACAUAAUAGAGGUUUCGCUUUCAUUCAGCUAUCAUCACCUUUGGAAGCUUCACAGCUUCUUUUGACUCUUCAAGGCCUACAGCCUCCCUUGAAGCUUGAUGGUAAGACCAUUGGGGUGGACUACGCAAAAAGUGCAAGAAAGGACUUGCUGCUUCCAGAUGGCAAUCGAAUCAGUGCAUUUUCAGUGGCUAGCACUGCAAUUGCUGCUGCACAGUGGUCAUCAAGUCAGCCUCUACAAGGAGCUGAAGGAUCAGCGGAAUAUGGUUAUAUGCAAGAAAAUUAUCCCUCAUUCUCUCAGUAUGGCCAGGAUUACCAAUCAUACUACCAGCAGCAAAAUGGAGACACUUCAGCAGUACCAGCUGGAGAUGCUGCCACUGAGAAACCUGCUCCUGUCACUACAGCAGUUGUUGUUUGUCAGGGUGCACAGCUUUAUUCUCGGCAUCAACAGACCCAGCAAGCUUCCCAGGGUGGUGCUGAUGCUGCUGAACAAGAAGAGUCUCCCUCACAGUUACCAACUCCAGCUGCUAGCACCGAAACCAAAUUUGCUGUUCCCGAUACAUCUACUUACCAUUAUGAUGAGUCUUCAGGAUAUUAUUAUGACCCACAAACAGGACUGUAUUAUGAUCCUAAUACUCAGUACUAUUACAACUCACAAACACAGCAGUAUCUUUAUUGGGAUAGUGAAAAGCAGACUUACAUUCCUGCUUCAGAAAAUUCUAGCUCAUCAAGCAGUCAAAUGUCUAGUUCAAGCCCUACUUCUGGUUUACCACCUAACAAAGAGCCCAAGGAGAAGAAGGAAAAGCCAAAGAGUAAGACAGCACAGCAGAUUGCAAAAGAUAUGGAAAGGUGGGCAAAAAGUCUAAACAAGCAGAAAGAGAAUUUCAAGAAUAGUUUUCAACCAGUAAUGAAAGAUGAAGAGAGAAAGGAGUCUGCUGCUGCAGAUGCUGGAUUUGCACUUUUUGAGAAAAAGCAAGGAAUCCAGGAGAAGCAGCAAUAUCUGUCUGAGAUUAUAAAUAACGGGGAUGAUGAAAAUCUAUUAAAGUGUGGUCUAGUGGCUGCCUAUAGUGGAGACAGUGACACAGAAGAGCCUGAGCAAGAAAAAUACGAGGAAGGCAUAGAUAGGUUGACAGACUGGAAAAAGAUGGCAUGUCUGCUUUGUCGGAGACAAUUUCCAAACAAAGAUGCUUUAGUCAGGCAUCAGCAACUCUCAGAACUACACAAGCAAAACAUGGAGGUUUAUAAAAGGACAAAAUUGACAGAUGCAGAGAUAGAAGAAUUAGAAAUGAAAGAAACAGAGAUUAAAUAUAGAGAUAGAGCAGCUGAAAGAAGAGAGAAGUAUGGUAUUCCAGCACCACCUGAGCCCAAGAAAAGAAAACAUGAAGCCCCUUCUGUAAAUUAUGAGCAGCCUACUAAGGAUGGAUUAAAUAGUGAUAACAUUGGCAGCAAAAUGUUACAAGCUAUGGGUUGGAAGGAGGGAAAAGGACUUGGAAGAAAUCAACAGGGCAUUACAGCUCCUAUUGAGGCACAGUUAAGAAUGAAAGGUGCUGGCCUUGGGACAAAAGGGAGCUCUUAUGGUGUAUCUGCAGCAGAUUCAUAUAAAGAUGCAGUUCGUAAAGCAAUGUUUGCCCGAUUCACAGAGAUGGACUGAGUUUUUGGAUUCUGUGCAAAAGUGGCUUUGGUUACUCUAGAAUCAUGGUUGUGCUGACCAUAAAAUGAAGAGCUGUCGCGUAAUUCUCGAAGAUAUCUGUAGAUCUUCAAGGUUGUUGACUGGGCCGAUAUGGUGGUGCUUCCUUUUCAUCAUGGUAAACCUUGGUUUUGGCUAUUGCAGGGAAUGGCAGAUACUGUUUCAUGUAUCUGAAAGACUAAAACGUAUUCCAAGGAUGAAAUGAUGUGAGCAUAAAAUUCAGAGACAUUUCAUAUGAAUUCCCCCCAGCUGUGCUCAUUUGUUUCCGAGCUGGUUUGUUUAUUUGUAUAUUCAGUCUUCUCUUGAGAUGGUACUCUUUGCAUACAAUUGCUACACAGUUAGCCUAAGCAAGAACUCUGUCUUAAGGUCCUGAGUGUCAGAGUGUUGCCCUCUGUCUUCCAUGAAAUUCUUUGCAGUCGUCUUCUCCGGUUUCAGUGAAAACAGGCUGUGCUGAACAAGAUUUCUACGAUUAACUUUUCAUGCAAAUGUCUAUGUACAUGGUAUAGAGUCCUGUGUGCCUUUUACUAGACUCUGCUUCUGCAUAUUACAUUCAUUGUUUUAAGUGGACAAUUUGGAUGCUGUAUGUUAAUAUAAAUUUGUAUAUAUUGUAAAGUUUAUAAAUAUUUUUGUUAAGUGUUUGUAAUUCAGUUUGUACAAGUAAAUGUUUUUUUUCAAAUAUACUGUCCUUUUUUCCUCAUUUUGUGUAAAACUUUGUAUUAUAGCUUUUUGUUUUGUACAGAGCAGGUUGUUCACCUCUGAAUUGUUUUACACAAGUAAAAAAAAAUGUAAUUACAAA